GGCGGGGGUUGCUCUUCGCUGGUCCUCCGGGCGGCGACGCGUCGAGCCCCCUGCGAGCCCCGCCAGGGCGUGGGGAGACAUAAAAGAAUUAAAUUUUGAGUAAGUCUACGGGCAGGAUGGAGAGUUAUUUUAAAGCAGCUGUCUGUGACUUGGACAAACUCCUUGAUGAUUUUGAACAGAACCCAGAUGAACAAGAUUAUCUCCAACGUCCACAAGAUACAUAUGAUUCUAACCACUGUUCAGUUUCUUCAGAGUUGACUUCUUCACAGCUAACUUUGCUACUACCAAAGGACCAGCAAUGUGUUAACAAGUGUGCCUCAUCAGAAACAUGCUGUGAAAAAAAUGAGACUCUCCCGACUGAAAAACCACUUGAAGGACUUACUUCUAUACAAAGUGAAAAAAAUGUAACAGGACUUGACCUCCUUUCUUCUGUGGAUGGUAGUACUUCAGAUGAAUUACUGCCUUUAUAUAUGAGCCGAUGUAGUAAACCUGUCUGUGACCUGAUAAGUGACAUGGGUAAUUUAGUUCAUGCAACGAAUAGUGAAGAAGACAUUGAAAAAUUAUUACCAGAUGACUUAAAAUCUAGUACAGAUUCUUUGAUUGGAUUGGGUUCAUCUUCAGUUUCAGAUACUCUCUGUGCUUCUUCAACAGAGCAUGCUAGUGAUACUGUCAGAGAAGAACAGAAUGAUAUCAACUCUGAAUUACAAAACAGAGAAAUUGGUGGGACCAAAGAAUUAGGAAUAAAUAUAGACACAUCACUUUCAGAUACCUGUAAAUACAGUGGAACAGAAAAUUUAAAGGGUGAAAGGGUCUCUAAUGAAUUAGAACCAGUUGUUGAUUUUAAUAUGCCCUCUGCUUUCGUGCAACAAAGUUCUACAGUGUUUGAUGCCAAAGAUAAUCUAGAACACAAGAUUCUGUCAUGCGGGUUACAAAAAGAUGAUGGUUGUUUGGCAAAAGAACAGGUAAAUAUGGUAGUCAGAAGCACCACAGAAUGUUUAAAAGAAGGAGAUAGUAUGAAUAUUUUGCCUAGCAGUCUUCCAAAUACUGAUUCAGACUCAAAAGAUGAGAAUUUCAAAUUGCCUGACUUUUCUUUCCAGGAAGAUAGAAUUGGUGUGGUAACAAAACAGUCUGCAAAUGAAAACUCAAAAAAUUUAGACCUUAAGCAUAACACCACUACAAUCCAAGAUUCUUCAACUUUACCUCUUUCAAGUGAAAGUAUACACUCUUCAUUGUCCUGUCUUUCAUUAUCUGGGUCUUUGUGUGGAUCACUAAUUGAUAGUAAAUCCCAGGAUGAUGUUUUACCUCAGAAUGAAGCUAAAAGUCAUAAAGAAGAUGCAGUGACUAUGCAUGAAGAUUUACAGAAGAUUACUCUUUUACAUGGGGGACCCUUUGGGGAGACUGAUCUGUUGAAAAAGGAAAAAUCUAAAACCAUAUUUCUUCAGCCAGUAAAUGGAAAGAGAGGUAACAAAGAAGUGGAAUGUGAGCAGAUGGUAAACAGAGUUGAAUCUUUGCAGUACCAUGAGGAUUCUAGUUCUGCAGCUACAGCAUCUCAGGCAGAGCUCUCUGGUGCUAGCGCCACAGAGUCUCUGGAUCAUUGUGAAGGUCUCAGUUUUUCAAGCAACAAUAUAGAUGGGCAAGACUUAGAUUACUUCAAUAUUGAUGAAAGCAUGAAAAGUGGCAUGCUAAUUAGUGAUGCUGAACUUGAUGCUUUUCUGACAGAACAGUAUCUUCAGACCACUAACAUAAAAUCUUUUGAAGAAAAUGUAAAUGAUUCUAAGUCUCAAAUGAAUCAGAUAGAUAUGAAAGGCUUAGAUGAUGGAAAUGUCAGUGAUAUAUAUUUCAAUGCUGAAACAGGAGAUCAUGAGAAAAGUGAUGGUAUUAAUAUGCUUUGCGAAACAAUUGAUAAACAAAAUUCAAGAGAAAAUUGUGGCCUUUCUGCAGGAGAAAAAUGUACAAUUCCAAAUGAACAAGGGUUACCUACUAAUAAGUCUAAGAUGAUAAAUGAAUUACCGGCUUCUGUUAACAGUCAGUCUGCUCAUGUUGGAGGGGCUAGACCUAAACAAUUGUUUAGUCUUCCAUCAAGAACAAGCAACACAAAGGAACCAAAUAAGCUGGAUGUUCCAAAUAUGCCAGAAAGUGAACCCUGCCUAGCAAAUACUAUUUCUCCAGUCACUUGUACAACAGAUUCUACAAUUGAUUCUCAUGUUGGCUUCAACUCUAAUUACAUUGAUAUAGAAAGUAACUUUGAAGGUAGAUCCAGGUUUGUAACUGCAAAUGAGGAGUCCCCACCUGAAAACACUUGCAAAGAAGGCUUGGUUUUGGGCCAGAAACAACCUACUUGGGUUCCUGAUUCUGAAGCUCCCAACUGUAUGAACUGCCAAGUCAAAUUUACUUUUACAAAACGGCGACACCACUGUCGAGCAUGUGGGAAAGUAUUUUGUGGUGUCUGUUGUAAUAGAAAAUGUAAACUUCAAUAUCUUGAAAAGGAAGCAAGAGUAUGUGUAAUCUGCUAUGAGACCAUUAAUAAAGCUCAGGCAUUUGAAAGGAUGAUGAGUCCAACUGGUUCUAAUCUUAUAUCUAAUCAUUCUGAUGAAUGUGCCACUAUCCAGCCACUUCAAGAGACCCAAACAUCCAGUAUACCUUCACCUACAACUUUGCCAAUUUCAGCACUUAAACAACCAAAUGUUGAAGGUCUAUGUUCCAAAGAACAGAAGAGAGUCUGGUUUGCAGAUGGCAUAUUGCCUAAUGGUGAAGUUGCAGAUACAACAAAAUUAUCAUCUGGAAAUAAAAGAUGUUCUGAAGAUUUUAGUCCUGUCUUAUCUGGUGUGCCCAUGAUUGUAAACACAGGAGAUCAUACUCUUUCUACAACAGUGGGAAAACGAAACAAUGAAAUAGGAGAUAGUACAAGAAAUGAGAUAAUUCAGAAUCCUAUUUCUCAUGUCUCAUCUUCAGAAAAAAUGCUUAUAAAUACAGCAACUGAGGGGUUACUGAAUGCUGCUUCUUUUACUCUAGAUGAUGAUGUUUUUGCAGAAAUUGAGGAGCCAUCUAAUUCAACUGGUAUCAUAGUUAAUAGCAAUUUACCUGUUGCCACUAUGUCAGAUUAUAGGUUAUUGUGUGGUAUUGACAAAUAUGUUUGCAACAAGAUUUGUCUUCUACCUGAUGAUGCAGAUGGUUUGCCUCCACUUCUAGCAGCGUCUGGAGAAGAAGAAGUGCCUGUCAUACAAGAGCACCCAUCCCAUGAACAAAUAAUUUUGCUUCUUGAAGGUGAAGGUUUUCGUCCUGUUACAUUUAUCCUAAAUGCUAAUCUACUUGUGAAUGUCAAAUUAGUAUCUUAUUCUUCAGAAAAAUAUUGGUACUUCUCAACCAAUGGAUUGCAUGGUUUGGGACAGGCAGAAAUUUUUAUUCUGUUGUUAUGCUUGCCAAAUGAAGAUAGAAUUCCUAAGGACAUCUUCAAACUGUUCAUCACUUUGUAUAAAAAUGCUCUAAAAGGAAAAUAUGUAGAAAACUUGGACAAUAUUACCUUUACUGAGAGUUUUCUCAAUAGCAAGGAUCAUGGAGGAUUCUUGUUUAUUACACCUACUUUUCAGAAACUUGAUGAUCUCCCAUUACCAAGUAAUCCUUUUCUUUGUGGAAUUCUUAUCCAGAAACUGGAAAUUCCUUGGGCAAAAGUUUUUCCUAUGCGUUUAAUGUUGAGAUUGGGUACAGAAUAUAAAGCCUAUCCUGUACCUCUAACAAGUAUCAGAGGCAGAAAACCUCUUUUCGGAGAAAUAGGACACACUAUUAUGAACUUACUUGUUGAUCUUCGAAAUUAUCAAUAUACCUUGCAUAAUAUAGACCAGCUAUUGAUUCAUAUGGAAAUGGGAAAAAGUUGUAUAAAAAUCCCUCGGAAAAAAUACAAUGAUGUGAUGAAAGUAAUAAAUUCUUCUAAUGAGCAUGUCAUUAGUAUUGGAGCUAGUUUUAGUACAGAAGCAGAUUCCCAUCUGGUCUGUGUGCAGAAUGAUGGUGUUUAUCAAACACAGGCCAACAGUGCCACUGGUCAUCCUAGAAAAGUGACAGGUGCAAGUUUUGUGGUAUUCAAUGGUGCUCUGAAAACAUCUUCAGGAUUUCUUGCUAAGUCCAGCAUAGUGGAAGAUGGCUUAAUGGUCCAAAUAACUCCAGAAACCAUGGAUGCCUUGCGGCUUGCUCUACGAGAGCAAAAAGACUUUAAAAUUACUUGUGGAAAAGUCGAUGCAGUAGACUUGAGAGAAUAUGUGGAUAUCUGCUGGGUAGAUUCAGAAGAAAAAGGAAAUAAAGGUGUUACCAGUUCAGUGGAUGGAAUAUCAUUACAAGGAUUUCCAAGCGAAAAAAUAAAAUUAGAAGCAGAUUUUGAAACUGAUGAGAAGAUUUUAAAAUGUACUGAGGUGAUAUACUUCCCAAAAGACCAGGACUUAUCUACUUGUUAUCAGUUUGCAAAAGAAAUAGCCAUGGCUUGUAGUGCUGCAUUGUGCCCUCACCUGAAAACUCUUAAGGGUAAUAGAAUGAAUAAGAUUGCACUCAGAGUUUCCAUUGACACUGAUAUGGUUGAAUUUCAGGCGGGAUGUGAAGGCCACCUUCUGCCUCAGCAUUAUCUAAAUGAUCUUGACAGUGCCCUGAUUCCUGUGAUCCAUGGCGGGACCUCCAGUUCUAGUUUACCAUUAGAAAUAGAACUGGUAUUUUUCAUUAUAGAAAAUCUUUUUUAGUGAAAGGAUGUGUUAUAUUUUAUGUUUUGAACUGAUCUGUUAAAACUAUUUCUAGCACCACCUCUGAAAUGCCACAAUGUUAAAAAAAAAAAAAAGUAAACAUUUAAUGACUGAAACAUAAAAGCUUUGCUUUUUUAGGCAGAAAUAAUCUAAGAAUUUAAGAGAAUAACAAUUAUUUCAGCUUUAUAUAAUACAAGUACCUGAAUGACACAGAUUUCUUCUCACUUUAAGAAAUAUGUCUUAUUUACUGUGUUAACUGUUAAGCCAAAGUAUCUGCACUUAGUUAUACCUCUUUACACCCAAGAGUGGUUUUAAUGAAGGCACUUUUCAGAUGUAACCAUAUGAAGGAAAUAUCUGUUUUGUGUGUAUGCCACUUAGAAUACCAGUUUCUAAAGUCUGUUAAAAAUCUGUUUCAAUGGCACUGAUCAGUUUGGAGAUCUUAGACACAGUUCUUUGAAUAAAGCCAAUAAUUUAUUUGUAUAAAUGGAGUGGAAAUCUACCUCCAUGAUUACAUAAACUGUUUGGAUUGGAGUCAGAGUUUUACAUUUUUCCCUUAAAUUAUUAUUAUAUAUAUAUAGAAAGAGAGAGAAAGAGAUAGAGGUAGGUAGAUAUAAAAACAAAUAUAUCAUUUUUCUUGAUUAAAUGGUAUUCAUAAAAUAAUUGUGGGUGCUUCUGGAUUUUAUGAUACUAUAUUUAAGUAUAUUGUUUUUAUAGUAACAUAUGAUUUGAAAUGUGUUUUAUAAAUGGUUAAUAAUUUAUAAAUAGGCAAUAUUUUUAUAUCACAGUGUAUUAACUUUUUUCCUUCCUUUCAAAGUAUACCACUGCAUUUAACAUUUCUAAGACUGACAAUAGGCAGAUGAUCCUUGAAAUAGUCAUUAUGUAGCAAUAAAUGCAGCCUGAAACAGAUUUUUUUACUUCCAUGUUAAUCCUUAGAAAGUUCUUGACAACUUUUUUCAUCAACAAUGUAUGAAGUAUACAUUUUAAUGAGCUAAUUACUUUUACAUAUUUUAAAUUCUUUGUAUGGUAACUAUUUUUUAUACCAGGAUAUUUAAAAUAAGUUAAAGACUAUGUAUUUGAGACUGUUACAGAGCUUUCCAUAUUACUUCAAGCAGCAAAAAAGGAAAGAAAAAAUGUGUUUUGUGUAAGUUAUGUAAAAUCUAAUCAUUACGUUGAUGCCUUUUUUAUUCUUAUGUGAAAUAUAUGUUUUGUAUCAUAAACACUCAUUGCAUAUCUAAAGAAAAGGAAACUACUAACACUACAUAGCCCUAAUUUAAAAAGCAUCUAAAAUUAUAGAUCAAAUCAAGUCUAUAACUCAGGAUCAAAGGUCUCAAAAUAGGAGAGACCAAGAAUUUUAAUCUCUUUGGGCAUGUGGUCCCUGCUCAAUCACAUCUUUAGUACUAGCCAAAUGCACAUGUUGCCGAGUAUUGUCUUCUGGUAAUUGCUAUUUCAUAAACAAUGUAAAAUGUUGCUGGUAUUAGUUAAAUGGCAACAUAAUUUGUGAAAUUUACUGAAAUGAUAUAAAAAGUA